CAAUUCUUCCAUUUACAUCAUCACUUUCACAUACCUUAGUACUAUAAUUGCAUAUAAUUGCAUAUAUACACUUACAUUUCCCCUCAUCACCUGUUUCCCUUUAAAUUACGGUGCAUAGGUAGUUAAUAACCUACCUAGUAUUCAUAUGAACCUGCCCCGUGCCUAGUAUCCACCUAGGUAUUGCAUCUUGACUUUCGCUGCCAUGGCCAAGGUUCGCGUUAAAGUCGACGCGGAUGACACUCUUCAACCUCGCGCAACUCUGCGGCGCAGCACGAGGAAUAGUGGUAAGGGAGGAGAUGUACUCAUUAAGAAAGAAGAUAAUCCAGCAAAACCGCUGGUUGCGCCGGUGCGCCGGAGUAAGAGACCCAGAACUGAGGAAGAGACGAUAAAAACUGAACCUCCAAUCAAGAUUGCGAAGAGGUCAUCCUCACUCUCUACUCCCCCUGUCUCAACGCGGGUGAAGACUGAGGCCCAGAGUCCGAAAAAGGAGAGCAAGGGCGCCCUCGUAAAAGGAGAGCACGGUAAAGAGAAUGUCGGCGAUAGAGAAGCAGGUCUUCGAGCGAAGAAGCUCAAAUCAUAUGCACAGUUCGCCAACAAGUCGCCGUUCCCAGACUUCUCCCGUCCAACGUCCGAGGAAUGUAAGCAUGCGUAUGAUGUCCUUGCCGCCCUACACGGGGAACGGCAACGUCCUGAGAAAGUGAGCGCGCCCACGGAUCGCGCUGGAUGCGGCGACGCGCCGUCCGUGCUGGACGCGCUCGUGCGCACGAUCCUCUCGCAGAACACUAGCAACAAGAACAGCACACGCGCGAAACUCGACAUGGAUGAGGUCUAUGGCGCCGGCGAGUCCGAAGAGAAAUGGGACAUGAUCGCCACCGGCGGACCCGCGAAGCUGGAAAAAGCUAUCGCGAGGGGUGGCUUAGGUGGCGUGAAAAGCCGCACUAUCAUGGAUAUAUUACGACAGGUCAAGGAGCGGUACGGGACCUACUCGCUUGACCACCUUCUACAGACGGGCGCGGGGGGUAAUGGUAAUGACGAGGAGGCUAUGCGCGAGUUGAUUUCAUUCAAGGGUGUCGGGCCUAAGACCGCGAGCUGUGUGUUGCUGUUCUGCGUGGGGCGCGAUUCGUUCGCGGUUGAUACACACGUGCAUCGGCUUACAGGGAUGUUGGGGUGGCGGCCGCCGACGGCGAGCCGGGAUGAGACGUUUGCGCAUCUUGAUGUUAGGAUCCCGGGCGAGUUAAAGUACGGGCUGCAUGUGCUGUUUGUCGAGCACGGCCGCAAGUGCUCCGAGUGCAAGGCGGGCGGGAAGGUCCUCGGGAAGUGCGAGCUUAGAAGGGUGUUUAAGCAGGGCAAGGUAAAGGUUGAGGGAGAAGGAGAGGGAGGGGGGAAGGAUGAUGGGAAACUGGAGCUCGAGGAGAUUAAGGGGUGAAUUGGAUAGGUAUUUAGAAGUUGGUUGUGCACUGCUCUUCGAGCUUCUUGUAUUCUUGUAGAUACCUAGGUAUCGUAUAGGGGUCUGCAAUGGACAUAUGUAGGCCUAUCUACUAUCAUAAAAUGUCCACUAUGGUAGGACACAUGCU